AUUUGUUUGUUUUCAAAUAAAUUCUCACUCAAGAUUCAUUCCUCUUCAUCUCUUCCUUGUCUUCAUUAUCCUACCCAAAACCAACUCAAUUUCCAUUAUUAUUUUUAUCAUUUUUUUCAAAACAAAUAUCACAAACUAGUUUUAAACCAGUUGAGUUGUGUAACCCAAUCCUAAAGUGGGUCAGGUCUCCCUUUUAUUUGUACUCAUUGAAAUCGUUGCAUGUGUGAUCUAUAGGUCUGUGUCAGCUCCCUGACAUACCUAUUCUGGAUUGUGUUCUCUCUAUUAUCAAUUCUGCCAUCAAUUAUUCUUUUCAGUUCUUUGUUUUUCAUUUUACUUGCAAGUUUUAAUGUCUAAUAAUAUUAUAAUAUGAUCCCAUGUUACAAGCAUUUGUCUAAAUUCUCAUUCUUGAUUUAAUAAAAAAAGAUUGUUUUUUUAGUUACCCAUUUGGAUUUUUUUAAUUUAUUCAUCUGUACAAGUAAGAAAUUUGUUGGCUUUCCUAUUUUGGGUUUUUCAUAUUAAUUGCUAAUGUUUUGUUUUUGCAUAAACUGCCAAAUGCUAUUAUCAGUUACAGAUUUAGAGUCAUUUUCUUUUCUGGGUUGUUGAGUUUUUAGUACAUUUCACUUGUUAUCUGUCCAAGCUGUACCCAUUAUUAUUACUUCCAUUUUUAUUAUUAACCUUCUUAGAAAAAAUAUUAAGUGUGUGAUUAGUUUAUAUUCUUGAUUAAUUAAAAAUCUAAUCUUUCGUUGGUGCCUUGUUAGCUUAAUGCAUUUGCAUGUUAGUUGCUCUGUUUUCUUUUGUCAUUUUUUGUUAAAGAAUUUUCAGUUCAUUAAGCUAGCUUUCACAUCAUUUUCAAAUCUGAAUCUUGAGCCUAUUUUUUGUCUCUCUCUCUCUCUAGAGUCAAGAUUAAACCUUUUGUUUGUGUAUUUUGGUCACAAAAAUCAUCUGGGUCUAAGCUGGAAUCCUCCAUAUUUUGUGGGUUUUUGAUUUCACAAUCUGGGUAUUGAAAAAAUCUUUGCUUUUUAGUUUUCUUAGCCUAAAGUUUAAUACUUUAAUGUAUAAAACAGAAAUUCUGCAAGUGGGUAUAUUGAACUGAUGCAAAUUGAAAGUGUGGUGCUUAGAAAUGGCAAAUCUUGUUCCUGGUGUGCUGCUCAAGCUUUUACAACAUAUGAACACAGAUGUGAAAGUUGCUGGUGAGCAUAGAUCAUCUUUAUUGCAAGUUGUGAGUAUUGUACCAGCUUUAGCAGGAGGUGAGCUAUUUCCAAAUCAAGGGUUUUAUCUCAAGGUAUCAGAUUCAUCUCAUGCUACUUAUGUGUCUUUGCCUGAUGAGCAUCAUGACUUAAUUCUUAGUGAUAAGAUUCAGUUAGGUCAGUUUGUUCAUGUUGAGAGGCUUGAAGCAGCCUCACCUGUCCCUAUACUUAUUGGUGUUAGGCCUGUUCCAGGGAGGCACCCUUGUGUUGGUAGCCCUGAGGAUAUUGUAGCAACUCAUUCCCUUGGGUUUCUUAAUAAUAAUCAUCAUUCGAAUUCGGGUUCCGGUUCGAAGUACUUAGCGAAAAUUAAAACGCCUGUGAAGGAGAAACCAGUUGGGAUUAGAUUGAAUGGGAAUGCUAGUAAGGAGGAUUUGUUAGAUAAGAAAAUCUCAUCUUUGAGUAGGUCAAAGUCUCAAUUGUCAAAAUUUUCACUUAAUUUGGACUUGAAAAAGGAGAGUUUAGCAAAAGUGAAAUUAUCAGGUUCAAGAUCAAUUCCUUCAUCACCAACAAGUUGUUAUUCACUUCCUACAUCGUUUGAGAAAUUUUCUAGUGGGGUUAAGCAGCAAGCAAAAGUAAAAGGAUUAGACAAGGGAUCAAAUAAGAAGGGAGUCGUGGAAAAGGCGAAUUCUGUUCACGGGGCAAGUCCUACUGCAAAGAGGGUACCGGUCAUCAAGAAUAUUGUUCACGGGUUUGAGCUAGGAGCUAAAGCUUUAAGGAAGAGCUGGGAAGGGAAUAUGGAAGUGAAGAGCAAGGAUAAUUCAAAAUUGAGGCCUACCAAAUAUGAUCCGAAGACUGAAGUUCGGAGUAGCUCUCAGGCUCCUAGAAAAAGCACAUCAAGUGAGAGGUCGACAUCUAAAGAAGAUACUAAGUCCCAAUUAUCUGCCAAGUUUUCUAAAGAGGAAAACCGAAAUUCAAUAUCUACAAAGAAGGUCACUGCCAAUGGAAAUUCAGAUGAUCAAGAAAAGUCAAAUAAGCCGAGAACACCUAUAGGGAAGAAAUCAUCAGGAGACCUUGCUAAUAAUGGCUUCCCGGGAAACUUGGUCAAGGUUCCAAUUAAUAGUAGGAAACUGACUGAGGGAAAUGUUACAUGGAGUUCGCUCCCUUUUUCUCUUGCUAAGCUUGGAAAGGAAGUUAUGAAGCAUAGAGAUGCUGCACAGACGGCAGCAAUAGAGGCUAUGCAAGAGGCGUCUGCUUCAGAGAGCUUACUUCGAUGUCUAAGUGUAUACUCUGAGCUAACUUCCUCUGCUAAAGAAGAUAACCCACAACCUGCAGUGGAGCAGUUCUUGACCCUCCAUUCAAGCUUGAACAAUGCUCGCACAGUUGCGGACUCUCUGUCUAAAAUUAUUCCCGCUGGUUCAUCUCCAGAUUCCGAUGUCAACCCAUCUGAAGAAGUACUGAAGAUCACAUCAGAUAGACGUAAACAUGCAGCCUCUUGGUUCCAAGCUGCAUUGGCUACCAAUCUCUCAUCCUUUUCUGUAUUUACCAAAGAAACUUCUUCAGCUCCUACUCAAGGCCAAAAGUCUUCCUGUGGUGGUAAUCAACCCAUUUUAGUCCUUGAAAAUUCUUCAAAAAAUGCGGCAACAAAAACUCAGGUGAAAAACCGUCCAGUGAUUGGGUCCAAGCUUGUAGCAACAGGAGCUUUCCGUAAAUCAGGGGAUAACUCUACCAAUAGUCAGAAAAUGCAGCCGCAACCUAUCCCCGAGUGGAUUAGAGGAAACGGCCUCGACGAGGCCGUAGACUUGGCUGAAAUGUUACGGAUGGAGUCCCAAGAUUGGUUCCUUGGAUUUGUGGAGAGAUUCUUGGAUGCCGACGUAGAUUCGUCAACUUUGUCGGAUAACGGUCAAAUAGCAGGCAUGUUGACUCAGCUGAAGAGUGUGAAUGACUGGUUAGAUGAGAUCGGAUCAAGCAAAGACGAAGGAGAAUCACCGAAUGUUUCUUCAGAAACCGUCGACCGGCUAAGAAAGAAGAUAUACGAGUAUCUUCUAACACAUGUUGAAUCUGCUGCCGCAGCAUUAGGCGGCGGAUCACAAUCGUCACCAAGUAUGCGAAGUAUAGAAACGAAAACAAAAAGGUGAUACUUGAUAUGAUUAGUUUGCCGCUUAUGAUUGAAUGUGGUGGUGCAUAUAAAAAAUAGAAGAAAAUGAUGAUCCCUUAAUAGUUUGUCCUUGACCACCAAGUGGGAUAAAGGACUGAGUUGUUCUAAUUUGUGUACAUGAGUUGGAGGUAUAGAUGGUUUGGUUUCACUAUUGAAUUAUCAAAGAAAGCAUUUCAUUUUUUUCUGUUAUUUUCUGAAAUGGUACAGAUCAAAACAGUGAUAAGAUGUAAUUUAUUUUGUUGAUCUUGUUUAGAAGGAAAGAUUAGUGAAUAUUUCAUUCAAAACACUAACCAUUGUUCUAAGUUGACUCUUAUUUGUACAAGAAUUAGCAAAUCUUUUUUGUGA